UCGUUGCCAUGGAAAUAUAAACAACAACAAAAAAAAGUCCAGUGCGUCAGAUGCAGACUGCAGUGGCUCGUUAAUUAUCUUUGAGGAAACCUGACGAGUUAAUUAAGGCUCGGUUUGAUUCCAUAAAUUUACUUAUUAAACAACGACUAAAACAAGAUUGGUUUAUAGGUUUCAUUAGGCUCAGAGCAGCAUGUCAUACGCACAGAGUCCCAAAAAAACAGGACUGCCAAGAGAGGUCGUGAAGUGGCUGCAGAGCCUCGACUUAUCAUUUUAUCCGAAGAACGUGCGCAGAGAUUUAUCCAGUGGUUACCUUGUGGCAGAGAUAUUUUCUCGUUAUUACCCACAAGACUUUCCAGAGCAUUCUUAUGACAAAGGAACGUCACUUUCUGCCAAGCAGAAGAACUGGAGCCGGCUAGAGCAGGCUUUACAGAAGCAGAAUUUGCACUUGCUGAAAGAGGUUGUUGAUGGAACCAUUCACUGUAAACCAGGAGCGGCUGAGCUGUUGGUGCAGGAGGUUUAUACCAUUUUAACUAACAGGAGUAUCAUGGAUAUUGAGGGACCAGAGUUAGACUUCACCGACCAAGAGUACCAGGAGCUGCUGCCCACAGUGGCCCGCUCCACGGCCUCUAAAGCCAUCAAGAACAACCUGAGGAUAACAGAGAUCAUGGCUAAGCCUGACAUCAGCACAAACCAGAGGAGGGCAGAAGUCAUUCUCCACAGACACCUGGAGCACAAAGCUGCAGAGAGGGCUCUCAACCCGGCGCGACAUUUUAAAGUGAAACCUAAUCUGGGUCAAUGGGCAACCAAAAAUCUUUUGCCAUCCAGGCAGGUGAUGAGUGCUUCAACAGCCCUUCAUCUAGAGGCACCACAUCAAAGCUGUGCUCUUCAUCGACAUGGAGUGGAGCAGUUGUUUCCUUUAAGGAGAUAAAGGUGCGUCAGCCUGUCAGACGCUCCCUGGUUAACUAUUAAAGAAACUGAAUGAAGAUCUGUGCUUUAAUGUCAUAUUGUGUGUGUGUGGCAGCUGAUGUAUUGAUAUGGUUUCCACAAUUAAAGCCUAUUUUGAACUAUUGUACCAAGCACGUAUUUACUAAAGUAUCAUUUGUUUAGAAAGGCAGAUUACGUCAUUGUAACAGUUUAUGUAAUGUUACAGAGUCUCUACUGUAAUUUUUGGACUAUGUUUGCACCAGUAGGUGGCAGCUUGGAGUCAUGAGCAGAGUUCUUCUCAAUGGUUUUUUCGACUAAAAUCCACUGCUGUAGAUGUACCAUUGACAAAAACAGGAAAUAAACCAGUGUAUGCAGCAAAUACUGAGCUGCUUUAGUGCUCAUCAGUAUGUGUUGUUCACUGAGAUAAUUCAACCAUCACUCAAUCUACAUCUUUCCUCCUCCUUCCACCAUCACUGAGGCAAAAGACAGACCUCAUCCUCAAUCUGCAUUCUAAGAAAUUAUAAUCAGCCACCUGCCAAAUGGUGGUAAAUUUAUGCUGUAGCUCAUUACAUUCUCAGUGGUGGGUGCCACUUUAGGUAAGUAAUCCUGAGUAUGAAAAGUGAUUCCUAAAUUGGCUUGCUAAAUUUAGGGAAUAACUAGUCACUGUAACAUGUAGCCAAGAAAGCGUUUUCCUGUCUUGUUUCUCAAUCAUUAAUAUUCCAAAUUUUCUAGCUCUUGGUUAAAUAAAUUUCAGCACUUAAAUGGACUGGAGUCUCUAUAUAUUAGGAUGACCAGAAUGAUAAAUCACUGGCUUUGACUAUAAAAGGUGAUGAUGACCAGAGGCUAAUGAUGCUGUGAAGAUAUCAUUUGAAGUGUUCUGACAGAAUUUCAUGUGCCAUCACAAAUCCCAUACCUAUGAUAAUGACUGUAUAGCUGUAUCUCUGACAUCACUGGUUAUGAAGGGAUUUUUAAAAACCUGUCAAAAAAGAGAUCGUCCUUGUCUGCUUUAUUUGUUUUCUCCUCUAGUUUUA